AUGCAGGAUGUACUUGAUAAUUUUGGACCGAUUCACGACAUCGGGUAUAUUGUUAAUACUGGACCAACUCUGGAGACCGGGUACAAUGUUAAUACUGGACCGACUCUGGAUACUGGGUACGACCGUGUUGAUGCUGGACCGUCUCCUGAUCUCGGAUUACUUCUCAUACAGGAAGCCAAACGCGAGCAUGUUGUCACGACUUCCAAUGUUGACGGCUGUUGGACGUUCUGUUCUAUUGUUGCGGCCGUUUCUGGAAUUGCUGUUGUGUCUGGACUCGCUUUUGCUGCAUGGAGGAAUCACCGACGUCAUAGCAUUGUCACGGAAGUCUUGGAUCUCGAGGAGGAAAUCGAGGAUCUUGACGAGGAAAUCGUGGAUCUCGAGUUGGAAGUCGAGGAUCUCCAGGAGGAAGUCACAGAUCUCAAAGAUGAAGUCGCAGAUCUCCAGGAGGAAGCUGCAGAUCUCCAGGAGGAAGUCUUGAAUCUCGAUGAGGAAAUCGUGGAUCUCGAGAUGGAAGUCGAAGAUCUACAGAAGGAAGUCGCAGAUCUUAAAGAGGAAGUCGCAGAUCUCCAGGAGGAAGUUGCAGAUCUCCAGGAGGAAGAGGAAAACGUGGAUCUCGAGGAGCAACUCGCAGAUCUCAAGGAGGAACUCUUGACCAAAAUGGCUGACGAGGAAAAACUGCAGGAAGAGAACCAACGUUUGCGAGAGGGGUUAAGAGAUGCCGCCAGAGCCAUUGAACGUCUUGAAAAGCUUCUGAAGGAAAAAGCUGAAGAAGCUGUAAACGUCAUGCAGAUGAAUGGCAAGGAUGCUCACAUCCAAGAUCUGUUGGCGGAGAACAAGAAAAUGAAAGAAGAUCGCAAACAUUUGGAAGAGAAAUUAAGAGAAGCAGCUAACAACAUGGACAAUAUGGAAAGUCUUUUAAAAGAAAAAGAAGAUGAAAAGAUAGAGUUGGUAAAUCUCCAUGAUGAGCAGAUCCAAGGAUUGUUGACUGUGAAGGAUAAGAUGAUAGAAGAGCUCCUAAUACAGACUCAGAACAGCGAUAGUCAGAUCCAAGAUUUGUUGGAAAAGUUAGAGGGAAAGGAAUGCGAAAUAGCAGAGCUAAAAAAUACUUUUUCCAACAAGUUAGAGAACAUGAACCUUCAGAUCCACGAAGCUCAUAAUAACCUGGAGGAAUUGGAGAGGGCCUUGAAGAAAGAAGAAGAGAAGAAAAUGCACAUCACAAAUCUCUAUGAGAAAAUGACUGAGAGCAGGGACCGUCAGGUUAGAGAUUUGUUGGCUAAGGAGGAGGAACUAAAGGAGGAGCAAGAGAUUUUGAGAGAACAAUUAGCCGAAACAUUAAGUUGUGUUGCAGAUAUAGAAAAGUUAUUGGAUGAGGAACAGGAUGCAAAAACAGUAGUAGAACAAAAAUUACAGCUCUCCUUGAAAAAGGCCGAAGAUUCAAUUCUGGAAACAGGUCUUUUGAUAAAGGAAAAGGACAGACAGAUUGAGGAGCUUCGUCAACAGGAGCAAGAACUGCGAGAAAAGCUGCAAAAGAAGGAGAGCGAACACGAGACGUUAUCCAUCCGAGAAAAUGAAAUGGAAAUUCUCCUCAGUAGGGAGACAGAGCUAUUGAAAGAUAAGGAAAAGGAAAUAAUUCUCUUGAGAAUAAGUAAUCAGGAGAUAUUACAAGAGAAGGAGCAAGAACGAGAGAGCCUGCAAGAGCAGAAUGGCCACUUGCAAGAAGAGGUGGUGCAUCUGCAGAAUAGUCUGGUAAUUGCUGCGAGCAAUGAAGAAACCCUGAAAAGAGAGUUGAACUGUGCAAAAGGACAGCUCCACCACUUGCAAAAAACUGAGAGGCACAAUCUACAAAAAUACCAGGAGCUAACAAAAGAAUGUGAACUAUUACAGGAGACGUGUAGAAAGUUAGAAGAAAGUAAGGAAAAGGUAGAAAAAUGUGCCAGGGAACAACAAAUGAUGCAGGAAGAAGCCUUAAGAAUGCAAGAUAAAUACAUGUUGAUGGGACUUCUCAACAAUAUUGCUCGAAGGGAUUUCAAGUUACAACGCAUUUUGAGGGAGGAGCAAGAAAACAGAGAAAUUGGAGGAGAAAAACAAGAUAUUGGAAGCCAAGACUGUGGCCAAGAAACUAACCAGGAGUUCUGCUGUGCCCAGAAUGAGAAUAGAGGAUAUUUAAAAAAGCAAUGGUUGGAUGUAACCGACAUCGUGGAGGACAUUCUGCACAGAGAUGAAAAGACUCCUGGCUCAGAAUUCUAGUAAAAACCAGGAGUGAGGGAUGGAAAGAUAUGAAGACACCUGAUUCUGAGGCACCAUAUAGAUGGAUUAGUGCUCCUGAUCUGGAGGAGCCCAGGACUUUGUGGCACAAGGAAGAGGUUCCUGCUUCUGAUCCAGAGGAAAGCAGAAUUUUGUG